AUGGCGGCAUACAAAUAUGAGCUGGCCUCGAGCAAUGCUGACGCCUCUACUUUACCCAUCGCGACGAAUGAUCAAAAGUCUCGGGUUCACGGCUAUCGACGUCUUUGCAUCUGUCUAAUUGCGCUACUUGCGCUCGCAGGUAUAGCAAUUGUUUCUGCCCUGACAAUACCCGACUACGGCAGAGAGCCAGCAGGAAAAGCCGAAGAAAAUCGGCAGACUGAAGAAUGUGGAACAUCGCCUGCAGAGGCCCGACAGCUUGGCUGUGUAUUCGACAUCAUUGUGAUGGGCUGGACCCCCGACCGAUGCCACGAUGGCGAACUGUCUGCCGAGUUUUUGGCAAAGCGGGACUGGAAAUUCUUUGCCCACGCCAAUACGACGCAGCCUGCUUUGUCUGCGUAUGACAUCGUGGAGGGGGAGUGGGACAACAUCUACGUCGACUACGAAUUCCAGCUUUUCCACUGCGUCUAUCUCUGGCGUAAGACCCAGCGGGCAAUGGUACGGGACUCGAUACUGGACGGGUACACUGCUGAUCCGCAUGUCGUCAAUCAUUGCGAAGCGACGAUUCUCGACGAGACCUUUGCGAGCCCCAGCACGUACGUCAAGUACUCUAUCUGCCCUUGGGUACCGAGCGACAGCGGUCGACUUGGCUGGUAUAGAGUGGUAGCCGGGAGAAAGGUCCAUAGGCAGGCGUGA